AUGGGCGAUGAGUUCAUACACUGGAAACCCGAGCAGGCGGAGCAAUCUUGCGGUUCUGAGUUUGACAGCAUAUCUGAGAGCAGUGAUCCCGUCCUUUCCACCACCCUACUUGUACGCGCGCCGCCAACUUUCUCAGAGAUCAGAUACGAGCUUCCCGAUCGCCGUACCAAGACGAUCGUCCAAGGCCUCCUUGACGGGGAUCCCGAAAGCCAAGGCAAACUCUCCCUCUUUGACAUUGGAAGGAUCAUACCCCCUUCCUCUUACGAAGUCAACUCCGCUAUCAGCGAUGCCUUGAAAACCUUUCUGCAAACGGGGGACCAUGGAAAUCUUGCGAUACAGCUUGAAGACUACCGAGUGGAGGAGGAACUCAGAGAUGACGAGAGAGACAGGAUGAUGAAGCGGCGCCUCGCUCUCGAAGAGGCCGAGACUCUGGGAAAGAAGAUCUGCAGGCGAAUGAUUGCCCUGGGGCCGCUGUCCGCCGACGCUCUGGAUACAAGCGGACGUGCAAAGACACUACAACUCAUCAAGUCAGGUUUUGGAAAUAGGAGUCUGCUCGACACGUACUUUGAAGCAGAGGAAAGUCCAGCCGCCAAUCACCUUCUGAAGGUAACCACACACACGCACAGCUACGAAGAUGAUGAAGAGGAAGAGGACUCACAGACUGAUCCGGUGUGGCUAUCCGAGAAGAAGGCCCAGGCCGCGCUUGCACUUCUCAGAAUGGACUCGGAGGAGAUCGGGGAGUUCCAGCCAUUUGUACGGUCAAGCGACAUGUUGAAGACGGAGGCUACUCUGGGGCGGCGGGCGCAGAGGAUCGAACUCUCACAGCUUUUGGUGACAGGAGAAGAAGAGUGGUACCCCGGGUAUCUGACCACAGUGGUCAUCCAGCUUUAUGAGGCGUCGGAGGACGGUCCUACACUCCGUCGGGUGCACGGCGAGGACGACCCACUGCGAGACCAGUCAUCGGAACAGAGCGAGGACUCCGGCUCGACGGGCGAUCUGAGCGGAGUGGUCGAGCUGUAG